UAGAUUGUUUCUGGUUAUGGCAAGCUGUACAAAAUUUUAUCGGGCUUAAUCUUCAUCCAGCAAAUCAUGAUCAACUGGAAAAGUCAUGGGAUCUUUGAAUAUUGCUGUGACCAAUGGGGCCUUUGAGUCAAAACUGUUGAGAAUCACCUUGAAGCAAUCCAUUCAGCUGGGGGAAGUGACACAUCACUGGCUUAUUACUUACGGUAAAUCAACCCUAACCGUAGUGUGUGAAUGGUACUGUAGGUACAUUUUAAAUGAUUUUAUAUAACAAGUUUUAGAAGAGGAAGUUGAUAGCUUUUAGAUCUAGUGAUUCAUAGCUCUUCUAGGUUUAGUUCUUCCUGUAGGUGUGUGUGCUUGAAAUCUACAAUUGGUUUAGCUAAUCUCUCAUGACUGUGCUCGUUUUAAGACUAAAUGUCAAGCAUAUGACUGCUCUAAGGACAACAAUAAUACAUUACCUCUGUUACCCUCUGAAAGAGCAUAGACACACAAAUAACAGGCCUACAUUAGACAUCACGAAGUGAGGAAUUGAUUUGAGAAUGGGAUCUCCUCAGUGGCUUCACAUCAUUCAUAGUGUCCCGGGGGGGAAGGAGGGACUUCUGUGGUUUUGUAAAAAAAUCGUUUUGAUUUAACAACACCAUGACCGUCUGUAUUAAUAUGUUGUGCUGAUGCUUCACAUUCAAAGUCUGCUCAAAGUUAGCAGAAGAACUCGUACCAUCUGAAAUUAUUCUAGUCAUGUCAUCACCGUUAUGCAUUCUGUCUCAAAAUGAGAACCUCUCUGUAUCUUUCGGUGGUUCUGGCUUUCUAUCUACAUACCAGCUCGGUGCUGCACAGAGUCUUCUGGAUAACGCCGCCUGGAUCCUGCGAGGAGCUCCGAGGGUCUACGGCGCGUCUGCUGGUUCCCUGGUCGCUGCAGCGGUCGUCUGUGGCUCCAGUCUCGAACAUGUUCGAGACCAGCUUUUGGAGUUUGUGCGAUUUACCCAACAGCAUCCUCUCGGUCUUCUCAGUCCCACGGUGGAUAUUUUCCGGUGGCUGGAGGUCACACUGCAGCGCUGUCUGCCUGAUAACGCACACACUCUGGCCAGCGGCCGUCUGCACGUCUCCGUGACUCGCAUCUCUGAUGGAAAAAACCUCAUCGUGUCAGAAUUUAAUUCCAGCGAUGAGCUUAUUAAAGCACUUUUGUGUAGUUGUUUUGUCCCUGUAUAUUCUGGAGUGAUCCCACCGCAGUAUAAAGGUGAGCACUAUAUGGAUGGAGGUUUCACAAACAUCCAGCCCUUCGAGGAUUCCUCUCGCACCCUCACCAUCUCACCGUUUGCUGGAAACAUGGACAUCUGUCCGUUUGAUACCUGCACCAUCCUGUGCGAUGCCAUCAUCCAGCGGCUCUCCUUCCAGUGCUCCGUCACCAACUUCAUCAGGCUGGUGGACGCCUUGUUUCCUCGAGACUGGAGGAUUCUGAAGAGGGCUUUCUACAGUGGAUACCAAGAUACCGUGUACUUCCUGCAGCAGAGCAAUGCACUGCCGCUAUAUCCUCAACAGAGAAGGGAGUCUGAUGCGUCCGAUGAUUCAGUGAGCUCAGGUCACUGGAUGCUGACUCAGUCUGAUCGUGCAGAGGAAGAGGAAUCCCAUCAAAACGGCCCUGGACCACCUGCAGUCAAUGGGGUUUGUUCAUCUGCGAGUCCAUCUUAUCAAGAGCCGACAGUACAACAGAACUCACCAGCAGAGGUUCAGGAAGUGCUGUUGGGUAAUAUGGUGGGGCAGCUGGAGAUCAUGAGUGAUUCGGAUGUGGCUUUACCUCAGUGGGCGCUCUCAUACCUGCUCUUACUCUUCACACUGCCAAUCUGGAGUGCCACCACCUUAUGGGACAGAUAUCAGAAAUGGAUCACUAAUGCUAUGACUGUGGCAUACUGGCUCUGGCACGGUAUUAAAAUCUUCAUGAUUUUUGUACUCAAAAUUGUACUGUCCUCCACAAGAAAAGCCUUUGGAGAUAUGAUGCUCAGUCUGAUCAGUUUCAUACCUGCGCAAGUUCACCAUGAACACCAUGAGAGACACGUGAUGACCUCCUCGGAUCUGAAUGGGCACGUCUCCGCUGUCUUCCCGCCGACUCCAUCCAUGGCACAAACCCUCACAAAGCUCUUCACACUCCUGUUUUCACUAGAGACAGAGAGCAAGUGGAGAAGACGCAAGAUAGAGGUGCAACACACAUUACAGCAGCACGUGGCCGAAGUGAAAAGAAAUUAAAAACAUGCAAGCAUUGCGAGAUGGUUAAGGUUCCUCAACACAGAGUGAAACUGAUAUAUUAAACUGUGCUGCUUCAGAAAGUUUCAUUGUUUUAAUGCAAAGUGCUGAAUACUAACAUACGACUAGCAUUGGGACAGCGCUCUAGAUUAUUAGUGUCCUUCUGUUUUUAAAGACCCCAUGACAUUUGGUAAUGUCUUAAGAGCCCAUGUUUUUGCUGGUGAACAAAAAUAAUUCUAGACAAUAUAAGAAAAAAAAAAAAAGGAUUUUACUAAAUGUAUUUUAGGGCUGUCUUAGUUAAAAUAUACAAAUAUUUCUAUAUUAUUUUUAAUAAUAUUAGUAUUUUUCUAAACAUUCACAUUUACUAGGUUUUAUAACAUUACUAUUCCAUUCUAUUAUUUAUAGCAACAGUAGUAGCAGUAAGAAAAAAAAAACCUUUAUAAAUAUCAAUCUCAGUUAUGCUGUCAACUUUUCCUGUUUUAACAUUUUGCUUUAGUGUUAUGAAAAUAAAAUAGCCACUUGUGGGUUUUGUUUGCUCAGUAAUGAACUUCAUAUUUUUCUC